AUGUCAAAUCUUGCUGUUAUUAUGAGGCGGCUCAAGGCCUUCUUCAAAAUGUUUCUUUGCGGUUGCUGCCCUUUAUCAAUGCCAAUUCGGCAACCAAAGCCCACCUCUCAAAACCAGACCAAUAAUGUGAUGGCGCAGUCAAGCGUCAGCAAGUUACCGGAAAUCCUGAAUUCACAGCCUCUAAAUGGCCCCUCAACGCCUUCUGGAGCCACCAGAGGCGUCAAACGGACCAGGGCUAACCAAUGCCGAUCUUAUGUCGGCUAUCCACCCAGUGCACCACUACACGGCUGUGCCACACCUCCCCUGUCCCCAAAAUAUGGGGCCAAAUAUGAAACACCAUCUUCAAGCGAUCAGUCUGAAGGUGAAAGCAUCGAUCUUUGGGAACAGAGCCAGUUCCUGACUGCUGUGCCUGAGGAUCAGAGACACAAGAUAAAGACACAAGCACUCGAGCUCUUUGAGGAGUGGAGAGUAGAAACAAAAUACAUUGAACCGCGAGAGGAUAGACUGCCCCCUCGAAAAAGGUGCAAAAAGUCAUCUGGGCGGUCAGUUUAUACGCAAACAGAAGAUGAAGAUGACAUCAGCGAUGAGGAGCUAGUAGUGGUUUCUCAACCCGCUCGCAUUAAAUCAUUUUUUCAUCUUGCCUGCCCCUUUCAGAUCUACGCGCCAGACAAAUAUCAAAAGUGUCUGCUUAUAGAUGAUCUACAAUCUAUUAGGGAUCUAAAAGAACACCUUUUUCGAUGCCAUUCACGCCCGAUUCACUGCUUAAUCUGCUACAAGACAUUCAACACGCUUAUUGAACGCGAUAACCACGUAUUAAGCGAAACGUGCCAGAAGCGCGAUGUAGGUCCCUUAUAUGGUCUCAAUGAGAGCCAGAAGUCAAAGUUAAUACGAGGAGACUCUUGGCAAUUUGGUGAAAGGAGAUGUUGGUAUCGUAUUUGGUCUGUUAUUUUCCCUGGAUCAAAGAACCCACCCUCUCCGUAUCUGGAUCGAGGAUUGGGAUUGAGUAUCUCCAUGAUGCGGGACUUCUGGGCGUUACAUGGGUCUCAAUGUGUCUCUGAUUGUCUUGAGCACGAGGAGUUGACAGAUGACCAGGGCAAGAGCGUUCAGCGUGUCUUGUACGAGCUAGCACUCGAGGAUUUACUGGGGGAGAUGGUCCAAGAGGAAGAUGAUCUUGUCUGUCUGGAUAAAGAGUAG